ACCAAAUUUAGUAUUGUACUAUUUAUAUUUAAAAUCAAGUUAUUAUUCUAUCGUUCAUUCAUUCUAUCUUUUGAAUUUUAAUAUUUAAUGGAAAUUAUUGGUUCGGGAGAUUUGACCGCUGGAAAAAAAAUUAUUGCAGAAAAUUUUGCAAAUUGGACCAGUGGAAAUGAAAUAAUUGAUAAUUUCAUUCAAGAAAAGCAACUAAAUUAUGAUGCUUCAUAUACAAAAUAUGGUGAUAUAAAAGCAGUAUUUGAAUGGAUACCAUAUAAUGAGCUUAUUGGUAUUAAAGAAUUAGGAAAAAGUUGUUUUGCUACAGCAAUAUGGAAGGAAGGUCCAUUAUUUCAUUGUGAAAGGGAAAAUGAAUGGAUGAAAAAAUCGUAUGAAUUUGUUACAUUAAAGUUUUUAUAUGACUUACAAAAUAUAACUGACGAAUUUAUUAAUAAGGUUAAAUCAAAAAGUGGUGUAAUCUUUGGAAUAUCUCAAAAUCCGGAUACGGAAGUUUAUCUUUUAGUUAUUUGUGAUAAAUAUUUUGACCAUUAUUGUAAAUGUGGUAAUGUAUACGAUCAGAGUUAUUAUAAAUGGUGUAAAGAAUGUCGAAUAAAUCAAUUAAAAAAUAAUUUUACAAACUGGACUAGUGGGAAUAUAAUAUUUGAUCACUUCAUUCAAAAAAUGCAAUUAAAAAUUAGUAAAUAUUAUGAUACUGUAUUUGAAUGGAUACCAUACAACGAAAUUAUCAUUAUUGAAGAGUUAGAACAUUAUACUUCAGCAAUUUGGAAGAAGGGUCCAUUAUAUUAUACUGAUGAUAAAAAAUUAGUAAGAAAAUCAUAUGAAAAAGUUUAUUUAAAAUAUCUAUAUAAUUCACAAGAAAUUACUGACGAAUUUUCAAAUGAGGUUGAAUCAUAUUUAAAAAGUGGUGUAAUCUUCGGAAUAUCUCAAAAUCCAGAUACAAAAGUUCAUAUUUUAGUUUUUUAUAAUGAAUAUCUUAUCUGUUAUUGUGAAAAAUGUGGUAACAAAUACGAAAAUCGGAUUUAUAAAUGGUGUAAACAAUGUGAAAUAAAUCAAUUAAAAAAUAAUUUUACAAACUGGACUAAUAGGAAUGAGAAAGUUGAUAACUUCAUCCAAAAGAUGCAAUUAAACAUUAAUGAUUAUCAUGAUAAGAUAUUUGAAUGGAUAUCAUACAAUAAGUUUAUCAUUAUUAAAGAGUUAGAAAAUUAUUCUUUGGCAAUAUGGGAGAAGGAUAAUACUAAUGAUCAAAAAUCGGUAGGAAAAUCACGUGAAAAAGUUUAUUUAAAAUAUCUAUACAAUUCACAAGAAAUUACUGCCGACUUUUCAAAUGAGGUUGAAUCAUAUUUAGAAAAUAAAGUAAUCUUUGGAAUAUCUCAAAAUCCAGAUACGGAAGUUUAUCUUUUAGUUUUCAAUGUUGAAUAUUUUGACCGUUAUUGUGAAAAAUGUGGUAAUGAAUACGAUGAUAUAAAGUAUAAAUGGUGUGAACAAUGUCAAAUGAAUUAUUUAAAAAAUAAUUUUACAGACUGGACUAGUGGAAAUGAGAAAGUUGAUAACUUCAUCCAAAAGAUGCAAUUAAAAGUUAAUGUUUAUCAGGGCGGAAUAUUUGAAUGGAUAUCAUACAAUGAGUUUAUUGAAAUUAAAGAAAUAGAAAAUAAUGUCUUAGCUACAGCAAUAUGGAAGGAUGGACCAUUAUAUUAUAGCAGUAUAAGAAUGAGUUACAAUCGAGAAAUAAAUAUAAAAGUCAUUUUAAAAUACCUAUGUAAUUCACAAAAUGUCAGUCACUUAUCUUUAAGUGAGGUCAUAUAUUCUGUUAAGGAAAAUUAUGGAAUAACUCAAAAUCCAAAUACAAAAGAUUAUAUGUUAGUUUGUAAAAUUGAAUAUUACUGUGAAAUUUGUGGUAAAAAAUACAAUAAUCAGUUUGAAAGGAAUAAUAAAAGCUGUAUAUCAUGUCAGACAAAUCAUGAAAAUAAAAAAAUUCAUGAUUUAAUUCAAGAAAUUAAAUUAAAUAUUGAUCAUAAUUCUGGAGACUUUGACAUAAUGUUUGAAUGGAUACCAUAUGACCAGUUUAAUGAUAUUAAAGAGAUAGGUAAAGGUGGUUUCUCUACAGUAUAUUCAGCAAUUUGGAAAGAUGGCGUAUUAUUUUAUGAUUGUAAUCCUUUUAAAACUGGAUGGAAAAGACAAUCAAAUACAAAAGUUGCUUUAAAAUGUUUAAAUAAUUCACAAAAUUUCCUUGAUGAGUUUGUAAAUGAGGUAUGAAAUUUCUUUAUAAUUUACAUAUCUUUAGCAAAAAUAACAAUAUUUACACAUUUAUUAUGAUUCAAUAGGUUAAAGCAUAUACAAAUCAAAAAAUAGAUAAUAUUCUUAAAAUAUAUGGAAUAUCCCAAAAUCCAAAUACAAAAGAGUAUAUAAUGGUUCUUGAAUAUGCAGAAGGUGGAAACUUCAUUAAUUAUUUAAAGGAAAAGUGUGAAGUUUUUGAUUGGUCUAAUGGAUUAAAAAUAUUAACUGACAUUAUUAUUGGUCUAAAUACAAUUCAUCAAAAACAGAUGAUUCACCGUGAUUUUCAUAUUGGCAAUAUAUUAUUUAAAAAAUUACAUAAUUAUAAUGUGUGUAUUUCUGACAUGGGAUUAUGUAAAAAAAUUGAUGAUAUUAAUGAAACAAGUAUUUAUGGAGU